AUGCCCCAGAGCAUCCGCUCCAUUCUCGGUAAAUCAAACCGAGUCCGCAAGCCCUCACGCCCAGCGUCCCCAGCCAAGCGCGGCUCUGGGACAUCAUCACCGUCGCCGCGCAAGCGGGCGACACCAAACAGAGACGGGGCCAGGAAGAAGAAGGAAGAGGAAGAGGACUACUUCCAGGACCGGCUCGACGACAAUGGCUUCGCGCAGCUCCUGGCGGACGAGCUGACGCUCCGAGACGUGGUGCAGGCCAUGCGGUACAUCCGCUCCAGGAUGUUCACCCCCGUGCCCGAGAGAGGGUUCAGCUCGACGCGGACGGCGGAGCUGCACACGUUCAGGGCGUCCAUGCCGCCGAUAGUCACCAUGGGUCACCUCAACGCCAUCCUGAGCAGCAACCCCACGAGGGUGGAGCGGGAGGCCGUCGAGCUUCAGCACAGAGGCGUCCUUCGAAGAGUCCGUAUCGAGAGACGGGGCGGGCAGGGCGAGGGGCUGAUGGAGACGCCGGAGCUGGAGAAGCUGCUCCUCGGCACCGACGGCGUGUCGCCCGAGACCAAAAAGACGUUCAUCGAGUUCCUCAGGGCGAAUCCUACUGUGCAGCAGCUGCCUGGUGAUACCUUGACGGAUGGCCAGACGGACGAACUCAUCAGAGCCGGGUUCCUGACUAGUUUCGCGCAUGCCGACCCUAGCAGCCGGUUGAACAUGCGACCCGAGGAGCGGACGACGCUCGUGUCUAUUGAUCAUGUAUCCCGUCAUGCAUCGGGUAGUGUAUCUGCGGUUGGGGGUCACAACGCUAUCCAUCUCUCGGGCGGAGGAAGCGGCGCCAUGGCACUGUCACGAACGCCGUCAUCCUAUUCAUCCUCGUCGCUCUUGCACGAGCUGAAACUGGCGAUUCCGGGCCAUGGGCGGCACUUGAAGCUGGCCUCGGCUUGUGUAGACUGGGUGCGUGAGGCUUUGGGGCGGACGCGAUGGGGGGAGUGCCCGGAGAGUUGGCUCAAGGAGCGGUUUGAAGGAGGCGGUCUAUACGGGCCGCGGUGGAAAGACUUUUGGGGUGUAGAAUGGGACUGGGUAUUGGGUGAAGCUGUAGGCUUGGGCGCAGUGGAGAUAUUCAAGACUGGAACUGUAGGGCGAGGUGUUAGAGCUUUGGGUUGA